AUGGAAGCUGAUCAGACUUCGAAUCCAACUCCGCAGCCUGAUGCAAACUUAAGCGAGCCUUCGCGGGCCCCUUUGACGGCGGAGCAGAUGCGGAGAAUUGAAAUCAAUCGGAUGAAGGCGAAAGCAAUACGAGAACAACGCGAAGUAGAAGAAACCAGCAAAUCCUCAUCAAAUGCGUCGACCUCUGCGCCAUCCGGCGCUAAGCGAUCCUAUUCCUCCAUGACAGCCGAAACGCCAGCGACAGUUCGCGAUGCCUCCAAGAGUCGCCCUUUGGAUACGAUCAAGCCCGCUCGCAACUUUACCAAAUUUGUCGACUACGAUUUCAGCAAGAUGACCGAUACCAAGGGAGGGUUCUUGACCGAAGAGGAUGAUCCGCACAACAGAGCGCUCCAUAUGGGCGACGGGAAGAGGGAACAGAAGCCGGCGAAUAUGACGCAGAAAGAAUGGGAACGGCAACAAUUGCUACAGUCGUUGCGUCGAGAGCGCGCAGGGCCGUUUGAGCCGGCUAUCAGCGUCCUGGAGGAUAAGAGCAAGCAGAAAACAUGUCGGGAGUGUGGGGAUUUGGAAAUUGACUGGAAGUGGGAAGAGAUGCUCAAAUGCUGCGUGUGCAGUUUGUGCAAGGAGAAGUUUCCGGAGAAGUACAGUUUACUUACAAAGACGGAAGCCAAAGAGGACUACCUCCUGACUGACCCUGAACUCCGAGACGAAGAAUUGCUACCACGCCUUGAGCGCCCCAAUCCUCACAAGUCCACGUGGAACAACAUGAUGCUCUAUCUCCGAUACCAGGUUGAAGAAUACGCCUUCUCAGAUAAGAAAUGGGGCUCCCAAGAGGCUCUUGAUGCGGAGUUCGAAAGACGAGAGAAUGACAAGAAGAAGCGGCGCGAAACCAAGUUCAAGAGUAAGCUGGAGGAUCUGAAGAAGCGCACGCGAGUCGAUGCCUACCGGCGCAGUCGUAAAGGUGCCACUGGAGGGAACUUUGGUGAUGAUCUGGGCUCAGGGCGACAUGUUCAUCAAUGGGGACGAUCGAUUGAGAAUCCGGAAACUGGCAUUGGGGUUAAGAAAUGCGUGGAUUGUGGGAUGGAAGUAGAGGAACUGGAGUUUUGA